UGCGCGAGUACAACCCGGGACCCCGUCUGUCCCGCGGCCGCUUCCUCCCCCCUCCCACCCUCUUCCUUCCGCUCGGAUCUCGCGCGCGGCGGAGAUAACACCGAGCCACCUUUUCAGCCCUCUCAUCCGCGCGGAUGAGCGGCGGCUCGGCCCCCCUCCCCUACUCGAUGCGAGAUGUGGAUGGCGGCGCCUACAACAACGCCAAGUUCCGCCAACGAUCUCGCCUCAAGAUGGUUACCCAGGCUCUUAUUUCUAAGAGCAGCAAGUAUCAAUUUGGAAAAUUCACCCUUGGGAAAUUCUUGAGUCUUUUAAUGGUUUCUGGCUUAAUAUACUUGGUUGCGCACAAAAGUUCUAAGGGUUUUGUAUCUGGUGAGCUCCAUGACAAAGAAGUAGAGAGUAGACAUGCGAGUAAAGAUUCUCCCACUACCCGUACAUUCUGGAGAAAGCCACCAAGGCUACCUCCACGUCUUCCUCCAAAUGAAAUAUAUAAGAACAGUUCAAUGCUUCACCACCCCCCUUCAUCCGAGUGGACAUCCAGGCAGAAGAAAGUUAAAGAAGCAUUCGGACAUGCAUGGUCUGGCUACCGAAAUUAUGCGAUGGGUCAUGAUGAGCUUAUGCCUUUGAGUCGCAGAGGUGUAGACGGAUUAGGUGGUCUAGGUGCUACUGUUGUGGAUUCUUUAGACACUGCAAUAAUAAUGGGUGCCGACGAUAUUGUGUCUGAAGCAUCAAAAUGGAUUGAAGACAACCUAAUGAAAAAGAUCAGCGAGAAAGGGCAGGUCAACUUAUUUGAAACCACUAUCCGUGUCUUGGGAGGGCUUCUUAGUGCGUAUCAUUUGAGUGGUGGAGACCAAGCAGGAGGAGGUGAUUCCGGGAUAGCAGUAACACCUAACAAGACUAAUCCAGAUCGUCUUCUGGCAGUCUCAAAGGAUUUAGCAGACAGAUUAUUGUUAGCUUUUACAUCAAGUCCAUCAGCUAUACCUUUUAGCGACGUUGUUCUUCGUGAUCGUUCUGCACAUGCAUCCCCUGAUGGCUUAAGCAGUACCUCUGAGGCUACAACAUUGCAACUGGAGUUCAGUUACCUUAGCAGAAUAUCAGGAGAUCCAAAGUAUGACUCAGAGACAAUGAAGGUGUUGGAGCAUAUGCGAACACUCCCAACAGUGGAGGGUUUGGUGCCUAUUUAUAUUAAUCCCUACUCUGGCCAGUUUAGCGGAGAGAAUAUUCGACUAGGGUCGCGUGGUGACAGUUACUAUGAGUACCUAUUAAAAGUUUGGAUGCAGCAAGAAAAUUAUCGUAACACUAGCUUGAAGUAUCUAUUUGAAAUGUAUACGGAAGCGAUGAAAGGGGUCAAGCAUCUUCUUGUUCGAAAAACUACUCCAAAUGGGUUAGUUUUUGUUGGGGAGCUUCCAAAUGGACGAAAUGGUGCUUUUAGCCCUAAAAUGGAUCACCUGGUUUGUUUUCUUCCUGGCACCCUUGCUCUGGGUGCAACAAAGGGGAUCACUAAGAAAAAGGCUCUUGAAAGUAAUCUUCUAACUAAUGAAGACAUAGAAAAUCUUCAGCUUGCUGAAGAUCUGGCUAAAACUUGUGUCGAAAUGUACUUUGUGACUUCUACUGGACUUGCUCCUGAAAUUGCUUAUUUUCACAUUGAGGGUAAUCCUGAAGGUGGACCUGAUGGUGGGAACAAAAGUUCUGAAUAUAUUAGUGACAUCACAAUCAAGCCUCUUGAUCGUCACAACCUUUUACGCCCAGAGACUGUGGAAUCCCUGUUUGUUUUGCAUAGAAUCACAGAGGAUCCAAAGUAUAGGGAGUGGGGUUGGCAAAUUUUUCAGGCCUUUGAGAAGUAUACAAAAGUCGACUCUGGUGGUUAUACUUCACUGGAUGAUGUCACAAGCCUACCUCCACCUAGGAGAGACAAAAUGGAAACCUUCUUCCUGGGUGAAACAUUGAAGUACCUGUAUUUGCUGUUUGGUGAAAGUAAUAUUCUUCCACUGGACAAGUAUGUAUUUAAUACUGAGGCCCACCCACUUCCGGUCAUUCCCUCUGUGGUACAGGUAUACCCUUUCUCUCAAGAGAACUGCCCAUGCUUAUUUGCAAAGACAUUAGUGAUAACAUGGAUAAACUCUGUAGAACCACACAUGCAAGAUUUUUUCACAUAGUUGCGUGCUUUUGACACAAUGAUCACAAAUUACGCUUUUGUUAGCUUUUGACACAAUGAUCACAAAUUACGCUUUUAACAAAUUCCAUUCAAGUUAACAAACUCGAGGUCACACAUACACGUCGAUAUAUGCAACAGCUUAUUAUUGUCACUUGAUAGUAAGUGCUCACUGCUUGCAUCAAUUCCUGGAGUACAAUUAUUUAAACUUUGUGUUUGUGCUGAAAAUACCACUGAACCAUAACUUCAGUUGGCACACAUGCAUUAACAAGUGACCAUUUUCUUAAUUCUUGCCUUUCUCGUGACAGCAGUCACUGCCAUAUUACCUACCAAUAAACUAGCUUUGAGUAAAUUAUAUUAUUUACAGUGAAGACGAGCUCUUGAUUGAACAGGUAGAACAUGUAAUUUACAAUGGGAGUUUCAUGGAAAAUGGUUAAACUCGAGUGAGGUCACUGCCUUCCAUAACACAACCAAAGUAUGGAGAAGUGAGGUAAAGGACUGUCGAGCAUUUUCUUAAGAAAGAAUUGUCUGGUUCCACAGCUCUUUGAUUAAGGCUUAUCCAGUUUGUGCUAGUGGACAGUCUGCUAACUACGUGACUGGUAACUCUUUGAAAUUCUGGGGGAAGAGUAUAAGAAAGGCAACUGAUAACUCUUUGAAAUUCUGGGGGAAGAGUAUGAGAAAGACAAUUUUUUAUUUUGAAACUGCAUGAGAAAGACAAGUUGACAUUCAUGUAUUGCUGCAAGGCUGUCCUAGACUAACCAAAUUGCCCGAGUACACGGAAAAUGAAUUAAAGAUAAAAUGAUUCCACCGCCUUAAA